AUGACGUCCCGUAGUUACACCAAGUCCUACAGCCGCAAGGUCAGCAGCGUGACGCCCGGCAGCAUCCAGUUCGACAAGCUCUUCCGCGAGAACAGCAACCGGCCGUCCGCUGCCAAGUCCGCGGGCACCGUCGGCAAAUGGGGCAUAACGUCCUUCACAUCGAUCAGGAGCACGAAUAUCAACGGGAGGAGAGAUGAUAUACAUGCCUUUGGCGCAAAGAGAAUGAAACUCGACUAUGGAAAUCAGAAUCGCGUGAAUCCCGGGAAGGACCCGUUCUCCUUCGAGACCGACCCAGACAACAAGGCGGAUCCGCCGGUUGUCAAGCCGAAGAAGUUCUUCAAGAGCCGGAAUGUGCCACCUGUGGUAGAAGAAUCUCGCCCAGAUGUGGCAAUCUACAGACAAGUACCUGAUUCGCAAUAUGGGAGAGCCCGUGCCCCGAAGCAACCCCCGCAGCAGCAGCAGCCACCGGCGCAGAAGCAGGCUGUAGCAGCAAAGACUGUGUCGCAUCAUGCUCCAAUUAAGAAAGUAGUAGAAAGUUUAGAUAGCAGCACGCCCGACGCUCCUCCUCCUAGUCGAGAGGAGAGCAAACCACCGAUCGUUCUGAGAAUAUGUAAGGGUACGGCGCGAUUGGUUUGCGGGGACGUGCAUCAGGAUACCCAGGAGCCUGAGCAUCAGGAUACUUAUAGGAUCUCCACUCCCCUCGCUAGUCCCUCGAAGGUGGACGUCGAACGUAAGACCUUCAAUACAACAGAAACGUCGCUCAAGUCCGAUCACAGGUCCUUACGCGCGCAUCAACCUGUCGUCUCCACUGUUUCGAUUCCAUUGGAGAAUUCCGACAUGCGAAGGACCACACGCAGCCGCGCCAAGAAUCUGCACUUGGAUCCAACGACCUCUGUCGUGACGCCUGCGUCGACAGUCCCGUCGUCCACUUCGAAUUCCCACGGCUCCGGUCUUUCUCUGACGCUGAGGAAAUCGGUGACGGACUCGAAUAACACACUUAUCUCUCACUACGACAUCGUUAAGACUGACUGCAGCUCAACGUAUUCCUCCAAACCGACGAUCGAGCCGUUAAUCGGACGCGAUCAGCCACUGCCAACUACAACUCAAGAGCUGAUCGAUAUAUUGUCGAGUGAUUCUACUGAUACGAGACCACCACCCCCGCCAUCGCCACCAGCAUCAGCAUCAUUGUCACCCUCGCCACCGUCGUCACCAGUAGUACCACCAGUAGCACCACCACUAACAUCGGGUGCCAGUAUCGACGACAAUGACAUUGACAAUACGGAGAACGCAGAAGAAACGACGCCGGAGAGCAUCGCAAACUUGGUUGAGCGACAUUGCAUCGUGGACGUCCCGAUGAAUGAAGCCGCUGUCGAACCAGCGAACGUCGCGCGGCAAUCCGAGCCCGAGCUGGAGGCAGAGCUUGAUCCUGAAUCAGAGCCGGAAUUGCCGAUUCGCGGAAGGACAGGCGACGCCGUCGCCACCGUCGAAAUCGCGGCCAAGACUCUGGUGGACCAGGACUGGUUCUCGGGCAGCGACGAUAGCGAAGGUGCCGGCGGGAACGCCGAGAGCGAAAUGCCGCUGCACGUGACGAGCACAGUCGCGGAGUUGCAGAGCUCGGAUCCGCCGUCGACGAGCGCGAUCUCUUCGACCAAGCCUGCCGCCAAGAAGGGCAGCAUUUUCAAGAGUCGCUCAACCGGCGCGACAAACGGAAACAAGAGGCGGGCGCUGUAUAAGCACAAGUGGUGCGACAGCGACAAAGAGUCCACUGCUCCGGACACGCCCAACACAGGAAACAGCACACCGACCACCGCGUCCGGGUCCAGCAGUACGGGACCGGUGGCGUACGAGGAAGAGUUCGAACCCUCGCAGCUGACAAGGGUCGUCACUUAUCCCGCGGCCGAUGCGGAUUUUGAGGAUGAAGUAGACGCAAUUACAAGCAUCCGCUGUGGCAGAAAAGUUAAAGGGUUCUAUACUGUAGUAAAAAAUGUAAAGAAAGCUCAUCAGAUACAAGAGAGUGGAGAAUUCCAGGAGUUUAAUGAUGAUGUGGAGUAUAUCUUGGACACUUUGAGAGAAAAUAAUCCAAAUGCUACUCGUUGCCUUUCAGCCAUACGAUUAGCAAGUAAAUGUAUGGCUCCCGCAUUUCGUAUGCAUGUGCGUGCUCAUGGAACUGUUGCUAAGUUUUUUAAAGCCCUUCAUGAUGCAACAAAAGAUCAGAGUCUUGGUCUGUGCACAGCUACAGUAAUGUUUGUUUUAAGUCAAGAUCGUCUGGCAAUGGAUCUUGAUCGCGAUUGUUUGGAACUAAUGUUAAGUCUAUUAGAAUCUGAUGCCAGUCAUAAAGAUGCUCUUGACGAUUGUGGUCUCAGUCAUGCUGAAUUACUAAAGAACAAAGAAAAAGUUCGUCAGUUAUGCGCUGAUAUACAAGCUCAAGGACACGCCAAGCAUCUGAAUCUAGAUAAUAUCACCGUUGGUCAGCUCGCUAUGGAGACACUUUUGAGUCUUACAUCAAAGCGCGCUGGAGAAUGGUUUAAAGAAGAAUUACGAGAAUUAGGUGGCUUAGAGCAUAUUGUAAAGACAAUUCGAGAAUGUCACCGUCAUAUUAACAGCCAGAAUGUUUUAAGAUCUGGUUGGACAGAUCCAUUGUUAGACAAAUUACGUAAAGUUGACAGAUGUUUACGCGUCUUAGAAAAUGUAACACAUAUGAACGAAGAGAAUCAGGUGUAUUUAUUAAAAUAUGAAGAAGGCAUAUUAGUAAGCACGUUAGCUAGUUUGUAUCACUUAUGUGGACAAGAGAUUCCCAUUUAUCCGACAACAGAUCCGAGCGAUAAAAGUUCUACUGGUGCUGUUGUUAGAGAAUGUCUUUUUGCAAUUAUUAAAGUUCUCAUCAAUCUUACCCAUCGGUUUAAUGGACAAUCUUUUGGUAGCAAAUCAGUUGGAGCACAAGUUGGCGUUUUGGAUUGUAGCUUGUUUCUUUUAUUACGCGUGCCUGAAUCACUCCCGGAGGAGCAGCGGUUUGACAUGAUGAUGCUUGCAUUAAUUCUAUUAAUAAAUUUGGUAGAACAGUGCGACGAUAACAAACGACUUCUUAUCGAUUCAAAGGCACCUUUGUCAUCAGAAAAUAUUUUCGACGCGGAAGAAAACGGCGUAGCGUCAUUGAUUGAUUUGUUCUACAAGCAAGAAGAACUUGCGCGUGCUGAGGAACAAAAAACUGAUGCGAUCCUCGAUGGAAAAAAAGAUUCUGAGCAAACUGAAACAGUAUCAACCACCACUAAAUCUCAUGAAGAAUUCAUCGAAGAGACCGUUACGAAAUUGUUACAAAAAGCUGGACGACAUAUGGAGCAUACGCUAAUUGGAGCAUACGUAGUAUUGUUACUUGGAUACUUAAUAAUGGAUAACAAGGAAUACGAGUCGCUAGUACGAAGUAGACUACCGGACAAGAAUUUCGCCACCAUGGUAUCUGUACUUCAAAAAUUCUUCAACUUCAUGAAUCUAACGGCAUCGAACGAAGUGAGUAGUUGCGGAAUCGCCGCUACCGAAAAGGUAAUCAAGUUCCUAAAAAUGUCGGAUGCCAGAAUCGAGGAAGAGAAGAAUGAGUUACCAUUGCCAGCGUUAGAGGACACCAACACGAUGCUUGACUUAACUUCAUCUUGAUCGAUUGAUUGUUAUGCAUGCACCUGACAGCAUUUUUCUUUCAUCUGGCGUACACGAAGAGCCAAAGUUAUAUUUUUUGUCCAACAGAGAAAAAUUCUUUUUAUUACAAUGGAUGGACUUGUUUCAUAUGCGUAUAUUUUGAUACAUAUUUAUUCACUUACGUAAUUUAUUGUUGUAGGUUUCAUUAUUAUUGAUUCAACUUUAAUUAUCUUUAUUUCCUUUCCUCCUUUUAUUUCUUUUAAUUACAAUUUGGAAACUAGCCUGUAUUCUAGGUUUAAGUAUAAAAUAGGGUAGCUUUGAAUAUUAUGUAUAGAAACGCAACACAAACUUGUAAUUAUAAUUACAGGGCACUUAUCGCAAUUAUAUCGUUACUGUCUACACGGUAUCACUAAUAAUUCAAAUUAACGAGCAGCCACCUUUCAAAGUUGCGAGACUGCCAAGAAGAAUAAAAUAUGCGAUAAGCUUCUUGCCAGCCUACCUGAUUUAUCCUUCUGUAUAUGAGAUCUUAACAUUGUACAAUCAAUUUUUAAAAUAAAAAUAUCUAAUGCGUUUUAAAAAUCUUUGUUAAGUGAUCGACAGCGUUAGUCACAUGUGACCGGCUGAAAUUCAACGUACAUUUCCCCUCUCCCCCUUUCUUUUAUAUGCGUAAGAUUAUUUUAAUAUUAAAAUUAUAUUAUGAUAUAAGCCUUGUAAAU